AUGAAGUUUAUCCUCAGAGCCGCAGUUUUCCAUUUCCUCGUCCUCUAUGCAGUGCACGUUUUAGGCAUUAAUAUCCAGUCUAAACCUGCAUUCAACGAUGAGGGUGUUAUACAGGUAAAGCUCAAUGACCCUGUAUCGCUGGUUUGUACACUUGGUGUUACUAAAGCUGAAGAAGAGCUGGUCUGGCUGAGGAAUGAUGCAGCAGUUCUUCUGAAGGAAGGGAACAACAAGAAUCGCAGCAGUCUGUGUGUCACACCAACCUAUGAAGAUAAUGGUGCCAAGUUCACUUGCCACCAAAAAGGCAAUUCCACAGAUCAAGUCUCUGUCACCCUGAAUGUCACAUUCGCCCCAAAUAUCUCUGAAACAGUGGAAGUUACAGUUGAAGAAGAGGAUGACCUUGUCUUGGAGUGUGACACAAGGGCCAAUCCACUUGUCUCCUCUGUGACAUGGUCACUAAAUGGAAGCCUGGUGGAUCUACUAGCAGAUGGCCUCUCUGUGAUCAAUAAUGGCUUAACAAGUCAGCUGACAUCCAGCAAAGUGAAGAAAACCUUGCAUGGAGGCAUGUACACAUGCACAGUGGACUCUCCUAUGUAUGGAAGUAGCAGCAGGCAUUUCCAAGUCACAAUAACAGACAAAACCCUGAAGUUCCCACUGGGGCCCAUGAUAGCUGGGCUGGUGGUUGUGGGCCUCACUGCUCUUCUUGCUGUUGUUUCAAGGUGGAGGAAAAUCGUAAAGCUCGGUCAUAUAGCCUGUUUAGUCAUGGAUGCUGUUGGUAAAGCUGUGGUUGGAGUCUGGCGGGCACACACAGUCCUGGAUGAGUCUGAUGGAGCAGAGAGCUCCCCAGAAGCCCCGGACCGUUUCCGCAAACUUCGGUCCUCAUCUUCACUCAACUCUCUGAGAAUGUCACUGAGGAAGCGACUCCCACUGCGAUCUGUCCAGACCAACUCCCUCCCUGAGAAUCCGACCUGGGAAACCAUGAAGGAGCAACCAAAGACCAGCACAGUCCACAAACUUACUCGUAGUGCUCGUAAUUCUAUCACCGGAGUGUAUCAGAGGUUGCAGAGGACCAGAGAAUUUUCCCGUGAAGAGUGUUUGGUAGCGACCCCGGGUCGUGAUGGAGAAAAUGCUGGAGCAUCGAAUUCUUGCACCCCAGGACGUACACCUCAUCGGGCUGCAACACCCAGACGCACACCCAGAGUAACAGGUACACCUGGGCGUACUCCAGGCUCCAGAGGACGCAGGACUCCUGAAGCAUCCGACAACAGGCUGGUACCUGGAGGAGGAGCCACUGAGAUUGAGCUGGCCAAACAGAUCACCUCAUAUGGAGAGUCCUGCCCUGGUCUCGAGCAGUAUGCCAUUAAAAAGUUUGCCGAAGCUUUCGAGGCGUUGCCACGUGCCCUCGCUGAGAACUCCGGCGUGAAGGGGAGCGAGCUUAUUUCAAAGCUGUAUUCUGCGCAUCAUGAGGGAAACAAAAACAUGGGCUUUGACAUUGAGGUAUGUAUGGAUGCAUGAGAAGAAUGUGUGGAU